AGACUACAAAACCGAGUCGUUCCAAUCUGUUGACUGUCGGCUGUCGCGAACACGUGAAAUUUGUGUUGCUGUUUUACACAGCUCAUUGGAACUCGUAACAUCUUAUUAUUUACGUGAAAUUUUCAACAUGAGUAAGGCUGCCAUCAAUAACGAGAUUAUUCUUCUGAGAAAAGGCGUUGAACAGGCCAAAGUUCAACUCAUAAAAAAACUCACCAGGGAUGCUCAAAAAUUAAGGCAAAAGAAAGGAACAGAAGAGCAGAAAGCCAAGAACUUGCGUAAAGCAGACAGGCUAGCAGCUGAGAUACUUGCUAUUAAAAAAGUUAAGAAAGACGAAAUAACAAUUCAUGCCUUGACUAAUGAUUUGUCUCUCAAAGAUGUUCUUGAAAAUACACAAUCAGAGCCUGUAAAGCGUAUGAUGACUAGAAUUGCAUUUCACAAAACGUUCUCUAAAAAAAUUGCAGAAUUCAAAGAAAAAUAUCCUAAUUAUAAAGAAUUCUUAGGACCUGGUAGAAAGAAGAAACAGAUAUUAGAGCGCAAAGAAAAACUAAAAGAGAGCAAAGAAAAAUUGAAAGAGAGCAAAUUGAAAGAUAAUGAGAAUUCAGAGCAAACAGGAAAUGUCACGAGUAAUGACACUAAAGGAAAAAAGCUUGCCAAAGAAGUAGACAACGACGAUCAACAGGCUGAUCCCACAGUUUGUGUUUUUACAGAUGAUGAAUCAAGUGAUAAUGAUGACAAUGAUGACAACAGUGAAAAUGGUGACAAUGGUGACAACAUUGACUUUUCUGUAUCUGAAGUUGCACUGAAAAAUGUUCUAAAGAAUUUAAAAGAUUCUGGAGAUAAACCAGAUGAAAAAUCAAGUGAUGAGUUGGAUGGAGAAGAAUUUUCUGUAUCUGAAGCUGCAUUAAAAAAUGUUAUUAAUAAGAAAGUAUCCAACAAAAAAUUAGAUAGUGAAAUUGAUAAUAGUGAUGAUGAUGAUAGUGAUAAUGUUGUAGACGAUGAUAGUGAUGAUGUUGCUAAUGAUGAUAGUGAUGAUGUUGCUGAUGAUGAUGAGGAUGAUGAUGAUGUUUCUGAAAAUGAUAUGAGCAAUGUUGAUGAUAAAGAUAUUUCUAAUGACUGUCAAAGUGAAUCUGAAAGUGAAGAAGAAAAUGUCAAUAUUUCAACAGUAAAACUUGAAAAAUCAAAUAAUUCAAAAAAGACUUCAAAUAUUAAAGUGAUGAAGAAACAGUCCGUAAAAGAAAAGAAAAAUACUCAACAUCCUGUUUCCAAAACAGAUUAUUUGAAGAAAGAUAAUCAAAAUAAAAAUAAUGAAGAUGAGUUUCCAUUCGAAAUUGAUGAUGAAAUAAAUGCAAAUGAAAUUGAAGCUAAUGUCGUAGUUACAAGAGAAAUUGAUCCCUUCUUUGUAACUGAAGAUGAUCAGCCGCUAAUGACCAUGGUUAGACCAAGUCUUCAAUCAAACCAAAAUGAUGAAGAUGAUAAUGAAAAUAAAAGUAAUUAUAAUAAAAGACCUUUCAAUAGUGACGAGGACGAAGGCGGCUUUAGCAAAAGACCUAAAUUUAAUCCAGAUGAUUUUGGAUGUAAUAGACGAACUCGGAGACAGAAUGCUAGGGAUAGAGAAGCUUUAGAACAAGGUAACGAUGAUAAAAAUGUCACCAUUAAAAAGGAUUUUGAUCAGAAACAAGGCUUUAAUGGCAAGAAGAAUUUUAACAAUCAAAAUAGUUAUGAUGACAGGAAAAACUUUAACAAUAAAAAUAGUUUUGACAACAAAAGAAACUUUAACAAUAAAAAUAGUUUUGACAACAAGAGAAACUUCAACAACAAAAAUAGUUUCGAUGACAGAAGAAACUUUAACAAUAAAAAUAGUUUUGAUGAUAGAAGAAACUUCAAUAACAAAAAUAACUUUAACAAAGAAAAAGAAUUCCCUCCCAGAAAUAACUUUAACAAAGAAAAAGAUUUUACUCCCAGAAGUAAUGACAGACAAGGCUUUACUCCUAGAAGUAAUGACAGACAAGGCUUUAAUAAUAAGCAAGGUUUCAAUAGUAAGCCAGAUUUCAAUAAAAAGAAAGAUUUUAACAGCAAAGACUCUAAUAAGGACAAUAAUAGAUUCAAUGAUAAAAAGGAUGCUAAAUCGAAGUUUUCAAAUAGUGCACCUAAUAAAAAUGCAACACCUCAAGUAUUGCAUCCAUCGUGGGAAGCCAAAAAGAAACAACAAGAGGCCAUGAAAAUGGGUUUCCAAGGGAAAAAGAUAGUAUUUGAUGAUUAAUCGAAGAAAAUGUAUAAGUGGUAUAUGUAAAUAGAAUAUGUAUAUUAAUAAUUAAUUACACUAGGUUGAACUUUGACUCUGUCUGAUCAUUCUAAAUACAGGUUGCUUAGCUUCAAUGUAUUUUAAUUAGACAAAUCACAGCUCGUACUUAGUAGGAGUAAACAGAAUCAAAGUUUAACCUAGUGUAGGAUAAAAUAGUCAAUAUAGAUUUUUCAAUUUUAUAGACUGGUUAACUCAAUAGUGCCUAUAUUGAGUUAAUUGCAAGUAAUAAUGGUAAAUAAAAAUU